AUGGACUACCAAAACCGCGCAGGCUCCAAAUUCGGCGGCGGCGGUGUCGCCUCCCACUCCGCCACCAACGCCGACCGCCGCGAGCGUCUGCGCAAGCUCGCCCUCGAGACAAUCGACCUCGACAAGGACCCUUACUUCUUCAAGAACCACGUCGGCUCCUUCGAAUGCCGCCUCUGUCUUACCGUCCACCAGAACGACGGCUCCUACCUCGCCCACACCCAGGGCAAAAAGCACCAGACCAACCUCGCCCGUCGCGCCGCCCGCGAGCAGAAGGAAGGCAAGCAGAGCAUCGACCCUGCGACGGGCCUGCCGACCAGCGUCGCUGCGAGCCUCACGGCCAGGCGCAACGUCGUCAAGAUUGGCCGACCCGGCUACAAGAUCACCAAGAUCCGAGACCCGGUCACGCGCCAGCAGGGCCUUCUCUUCCAGCUACAGUACCCGGAUGCCACGCCCGAGCUAGCGCCCAAGUGGCAGGUCAUGAACGCAUUCACGCAGCGCGCCGAGGAGCCGGACAGGAAUUUCCAGUACCUGGUCGUCGCUGCAGAGCCGUACGAGAGCGUGGGAUUCAAGAUUCCGGCCAGAGAGCUGGACAAGCGGGAGGACAAGCAGUUCUGCUUCUGGGAUCCCGACUCCAAGGAGUAUUGGAUCCAGGUCAUGUUCAUGACGGAGCGCGAGGAGCGGUUCAACGCUGCCCCUGGUUUGACGGCCAGGAGAUGA